AGCGGCCCGCGGCAGAGGGGCGAGCGCGGCGCCGCCGCCAUUUUGUGUGUCCCCACAGGGCUGCCCCGGCCCGGGCUGAGCCUUCGCCCUCGGCGCCUGCCCGGCGCCUGCCCGCUCGGUCGGCCCAGGAAGGCCGGAGGGGACCCGAGCCCCCGCGGUCUGCACGGCCGCUGCUAGGGAAAGCGGAGCCGUCGGGUCCCCGCUGAGGAAAACGAGCAAGUUACGCGGGAGGGAGACGGCGCCGGCCCGGCCCUCCCGUGCCGACUGAUUGGCCAGGGCCGGGCGCCAGGAGGCCGGGACUGCGGCCUGGCCAGCUCCGCCGCAGCCCCGGCCCCCGGCAUGGCGCCGCAGCUGCUCCCCAGGGCGCUGGUCACCGCCAAAUGGCUCUUGGGGGCCAUCCGGGCCCAGCGGGUCGGGCCGAGCUUGCGGGUGCUGGACACCUCGUGGUACCCCCCCCAGGAGCGAAACGCCCGGCAGGAGUUCAGGGAGAGCCACAUCCCCGGAGCGUUGUUUUUUGACAUUGAGGAGUGCAGGGACAAGUCUUCCCCGUACGACUUCAUGCUGCCCAGCGAGGCCCACUUCGCCAACUACGUGGGGCACCUGGGGAUAAGCAAUGAUACCCAUGUGGUGGUGUAUGACGGGGACAAGCUGGGCACCUUCUAUGCCCCCCGCGCCUGGUGGAUGUUCCGGGCCUUUGGGCACAGAGAGGUCUCUGUGCUGAAUGGCGGCUUCAAGAACUGGGUGAAGGAGGGCCACCCCGUGACGGCGGAGGUCAGCCAGCCAGCACCGGCAGUCUUCAAGGCCACGCUGGACAAAGCCCUGCUGAAGACCUUCGAGGAGAUGGUGGAGAACCUGGGAUCCAGGCGGUUCCAGGUGGUGGAUUCCCGCCCAGAGGGCCGAUUCCGAGGGAACGAACUAGACCAAGAAGUGGAUGUGCAGCAGUCUUCUCUGAUUCUCUGGCCGUGCUGUGCUUCAGCCUUACAGGAGGUGCCACAGGCCUUAGCUCCCCCCACACCUGACCUGGCAAAAAGUGACUCUGUGCUGGCUGGCAGUUCAUCAGUGGAACCUGGGGAAGGGAGAAAGGAGCAUCUUCCAGCAGGCUCACGGCCCAGCAGCCAGAGAACAUCCCUACGGAGUUCCAGCAGAACCUCCUGGAAGAUCUCCAAAGGCUCAUCAGCUCAGGGAAUGGCAAAGAACUCCACAUCUGUCAAAUCCCAGGCAUCUCCUUCUGCAAAGUGUGUUCAGAAUAAAAGCCACAGCAAACAGAGUCUCCAGGCCAAAACACCCUCCAUGCAGGAUCUUCAUUCAAGAAGACUUGAAGAGGAAGGAGGAGAUACUUCUGCCACCAAACACCCAUCAGUGGGGCAUGAACUAAGAGGGAGGAACAGCAAUUUCCGCUUCUCUGCACUAUCCAGGCAGAAGGAGGCAGAGGACAAACCAAGCUCAAAUGCCAAAGAACCAGCAGCAGGCCAGCAUCGAACACUGGGGUCUAGGGUGCCUGGAUCUCCCCAGAAGACCACCAAGGCCAGCUACAAAGAGGCCAAGGACACCCGCUGCAGAUUAAGUGCCAAAGAGUCCUUAGCAUCAUUAGGGCGAGAUGUAAAAGCAGAGGGGAAGCUUCUUCUGGAGAAGAGAAACACCUUAAUCCAUGCUAACAGCAAAUAUAAAUCUGUCAGCGCAGAUGAACUUACCAGCAGUGAAGAGGAACGGCAGGCUCUGUGCAAGGCAGGAUUAAUCGUAGGGCAGAAAAGGCUCAGCGACCGCACUGAGAUGCUACAAAACCCCCUGACCUCUGCGUCUUUUGCUGAUUACUACAAGCUGGGUUUUUACCUGAGGUCAAAUAUUUUCCAAGGUGGCCCACUGGAGAGCAGAAGCUUGAUGAAAGAUUCCUACACCCCGGAUGUAAUUGAGAAGGCAAUCAGAGAUCCCAAGAAUUGGCAUGGAAGGAGGACUGAUGAGCUAGGGAGAUGGCAUCAGAAAAAUGCCCUAAAUCUUAACCUGCAGAAAGCAUUUGAAGAGAAGUAUGGGAAGAACAAAGGCAAGCCUUAGAAGAAUAGGGUUAGGGAUUGGAGUGCUUUCAUCAAGGGAUCUUCUUCCUCAACCAUCUAAUAAACCUCCGUAUAAGCCUUC